AGAUCGUCCUAAACCCACUUUCCCAGUUUCACUGCUUCACCUCCAGUCCUGGGGUUUUAGAGAGAGAGAGAGAGAAAUGGAGAAAGGGAGAAGAGAGGUGGUGGUUUCAGCUCUGCAAUUCGCUUGCACCGACGACGUCUCUACUAAUGUUGCCACUGCCGAGAGGCUGGUUAGAGCUGCUCAUGCAAAGGGUGCAAACAUCAUUCUUAUACAGGAGCUUUUCGAGGGAUAUUACUUCUGUCAGGCACAAAGGGAGGACUUCUUUCAGCGAGCUAAGCCUUAUAAAGGCCAUCCAACGAUCUUGAGGAUGCAGAAUCUUGCAAAAGCGCUAGGUGUAGUAAUUCCAGUUAGCUUCUUUGAAGAGGCAAACAAUGCCCAUUAUAAUUCAAUUGCCAUAAUUGAUGCUGAUGGGGCAGAUCUUGGACUUUAUCGAAAGUCUCAUAUCCCAGAUGGACCAGGCUAUCAGGAAAAGUUUUACUUCAAUCCAGGUGACACUGGCUUCAAGGUUUUCCAAACAAAGUUUGCAAAGAUUGGAGUUGCAAUUUGCUGGGAUCAGUGGUUUCCUGAGGCAGCUCGAGCUAUGGUUCUUCAAGGCGCAGAGAUAUUGUUUUACCCUACUGCUAUAGGUUCUGAACCUCAAGAUGAUGGACUUGACUCUUGUGAUCACUGGAGGCGGGUAAUGCAAGGGCAUGCUGGGGCUAACGUGGUUCCUCUAGUAGCUUCAAAUCGCAUAGGAAAAGAGAUAAUUGAGACGGAGCAUGGGAAUAGUGCGAUCACAUUUUAUGGAAACUCUUUUAUAGCAGGACCCACUGGAGAAAUUGUUGCAUCUGCUGAUGAUAAAGAGGAAGCUAUACUUGUUGCACAGUUUGAUCUGGAUAAAAUCAGAUUGAAGAGACAUAGUUGGGGAGUAUUCCGUGAUAGGCGUCCAGAGUUAUACAAGGUUCUGUUGACAUUAGAUGGCAGUAAUGUGCCAUUCUGAUUAUGCCUUGCCUCUUAGUGCCAUGCAUGUUUUAGAAUUGAUUAAUAGAAGUGCUCUGAAAAUUGUCGUUAUCAUGUACUAAAUUUCAGGAAGGGAAAAGAAUUAAGAGGAAACCUUAAGUGGUGUAUUUAAAAUUUCGUAACAUUGAAUAAAAGUUAAAUAAAAGAAAAAAAAUGAAAAUCUUGUGUUUCUGGCCGUGAA